GAUAAGCGAGACCGAAUGGACUGGAUGAAACUUAGACCGGGGAUCUAUUCCCACAUUUGAUGCCGCAUACGGACAUACAGUCAGAGAGUCGUUUUCUGCUUUCGCUUCCGCCUCCGCCGUAGCAAUCGUCGCAGCAGAGAAGAUGAUGCAGUUUUCAAUCCAACGAGUGAGGAGCUCGAGGAGAUUGAGUCCUCGGAUACUUUCGGGGAUUUUGAAUUCUCAGUUUUCGACUGCGGCUGAACCAUCUCGGAGACUUGUGAACUCUCUGAGGGUUCCAAAUUUGAUUGGCGGCAGCUUUGUAGAUUCACUUUCAUCUGAAUCCAUUGACGUUCUGAAUCCAGCAACACAAGAAGUGGUCUCACAAGUCCCAUUGACAACAAAAGAUGAGUUCAAUUCAGCCGUAUCUGCAGCGAAACAAGCCUUUCCAUCAUGGAAAAAUACACCAGUUACUCAGAGGCAGCGCAUCAUGUUUAAGCUCCAAGAGCUUAUUCGAAAAAACAUGGAUAAACUUGCACUAAACAUUACCACAGAGCAAGGAAAAACUUUGAAGGAUGCACAAGGAGAUGUGUUUCGAGGACUAGAGGUGGUGGAACAUGCUUGUGGCAUGGCCACAUUACAGAUGGGGGAGUAUGUGUCCAAUGUUUCAAGUGGAAUCGAUACCUACAGUGUUCGAGAACCUCUCGGUGUUUGUGCAGGCAUUUGCCCUUUUAAUUUCCCUGCGAUGAUUCCCCUAUGGAUGUUUCCGGUUGCUGUCACAUGUGGAAAUACCUUUGUUCUAAAGCCAUCUGAAAAAGAUCCAGGGGCUUCAAUGAUCCUUGCAGAGUUGGCAAUGGAAGCUGGUUUACCCAAUGGUGUCCUCAACAUUGUCCAUGGCACCCAUGAAGUCGUCAAUGCUAUUUGUGAUGAUGAGGCCAUCAGAGCUGUAUCAUUUGUUGGUUCAAAUCCAGCUGGCAUGCAUAUAUACUCGAGAGCUUCUGCCAGUGGAAAACGUGUUCAGUCCAAUAUGGGUGCAAAAAACCAUGGAAUUGUGAUGCCUGAUGCAAACGUAGAUGCAACUUUAAAUGCUUUAGUUGCUGCUGGUUUUGGUGCUGCUGGGCAAAGAUGCAUGGCGCUAAGCACAGUGGUGUUUGUUGGAGAUUCAAAACUAUGGGAAGAAAAGCUCGUGGAACGCGCCAAAGCCCUUAAGGUGAAUAUUGGAACAGAUCCUGAAGCUGACCUUGGCCCGGUUAUUAGUAAGCAGGCAAAGGAAAAGAUAUGCAGAUUGAUCCAAAGUGGUGUUGAUAAUGGAGCCCGGCUAUUGCUUGAUGGUAGAAACAUUAAGGUUCCAGGAUAUGAAAAAGGUAACUUUAUUGGCCCCACAAUCCUCGCUGACGUCACAACUGAUAUGGAAUGUUACAAGGAGGAAAUAUUCGGCCCUGUCCUCAUAUGUCUACAGGCCAACAGUUUAGAAGAGGCGAUAAACCUAGUCAACCAAAAUAAGUAUGGCAAUGGUGCCGCCAUUUUCACUUCAUCCGGAAUAGCUGCUAGAAAAUUUCAAACUGAAAUAGAGGCAGGCCAGGUUGGUAUUAAUGUUCCUAUUCCAGUCCCAUUGCCCUUCUUCUCAUUCACCGGCUCCAAGGCUUCUUUCGCCGGCGACCUCAAUUUCUAUGGUAAGGCUGGAGUUCAUUUCUUUACACAGAUGAAGACAGUGACUCAGCAAUGGAAGGACUUGCCCAGUGGGGUAUCUCUUGCAAUGCCAACUUCCCAGAAAUGAAUUUAAGGUAAGUUCUUUCUCUUCUCGUGUGCUAAAUAAAUGGUGCUGUUUAUUAUUAUACUCGGGGGAUAUUCGAAUUCUAUUUAAAUUAUUUAAUGGAGUGACUGAUGAUUGAUUUGUGAAUAAAUUGGGUCAUCACAAAUUCACCAUAUGCUAGUUUAAUUGGCAUCAAAUAUCAA